CUUUUAUUACUAUUGUUAUUAUUCUGCCUAUUGCGUCUUCCCCUUUCCUCUGCUCCUUCUCCUUUAUCUCCCCCCUUCAUUUCUUCUUCAGGCUACUCAAAUUGAUCGUAUUCUACUUUACUUAUACGCAUUGAGCCAUUUAGAUUUUCUACUUUCUUCAUUUCUUCUUUACUCCCUUUCCUCCCUUCUGUUUUUUCAUUCUUUCUUUAGUAGCCAUGGGGAAAGGCCUUUCGAUCUCAUUCUCUAGCAGCUUCAGCUUAGGAAACGUCGCCACCAAUCACAUUAACUACCAGACCAAUAGCAAAAAUAACCAUAGCAGCAACAAUACUGAUGACCAAAGUACGCCCCAACCCCAUCAAUACUCUCGCCAGCAAGGUUCUUCGCCCGACAUUGAGGCUAAUGGCAACAAAUGCAAAAAAACCAACAAUAGUAGUAGAAGAGCACUAGCUCCACUCAUUCUUCCAUCAGAUUGUGCCCUUCCAUUCCUCUUCUUCCUCAGUCGAAAGUUGAUUAGGAAAAGAAGCCAGCCCACUUUAUUCCUGGCCCUCUUCAUUGUAGGAGCUCUGGCCUGGACCCUUACCAGCGGCGCCAUUACUCUGGACUCCUUCAAUGACACGAUUCGCUACUUGCCAGGAUAUCAUGUCUUCGCCAACAAUUUACUUUACCUCGUUAUGUUCCUCCUCUUUCUCUCCUUUACGAUCCUUGCGACAUUACCUUUUCUCCCAAUCCUAAUCCUCGGUUUACCAUUCCAUCUUUUGAUUUUUUCCAUCUUCAACAGAUUGAUGGAUGAAUGGUUAGUAUGGUGCACUAGCUGUUAUACUAUCCUGUUCUUGGCUCCCUUUGGCUCCAUGAUUAUGACAUGGAUCAAAGCAAUUGUUAUUCAACAACAACUGCAGUCCGAAUCCUGUAGAGAGCCAUUUAUUCAUCAAAAAUCACCAUCCGAGUUAUCAUCAUCACUACAUCUUAUGCCUUCUCCUCCAUCGUCUUUUCCACUUCCCGCAGCCCGUCUUAAAUAUUCCCCCUUCAAUGAUGAAAACAGUAAGAGCGAUAUUGCAGCCAAUAAACGAGAGUCGAGAUCAGUCAUGGAUCAUCUCUUGGAUGAUUUCAAGAUAGCUUUGAUAGCAGUGACCACCAAUGUCGAAUGUCUCAUUCAUCUUGUUAGCUUAUCCAACCAUAAAUCGACGCGAUGGCGUUUGUUACUGGCCCUUGCCUUCUGGCUUAGUUAUGUGAUUCCAGUGACAGUCAAGAACGAACCUCGAACAUUUGAUCCUACUCGAUCAGCACCAUCUUUCGGCAUCCAGCACCCAGGACUAUUAUGUUCAGCCACAGAAAUGGAAGGAUCUCAACCACUUUAUGAUUCUUUUGAGGGUUAUUGGCAAGACUAUCUGCAAUUGCAUCGUAGUAUGGUCUUGCCUGAGACUGAAGGCGGUAUACCUGAAUCUCAAAAGCGAUUCCUGGUCUUUCAACCAAGCGAUGAUGGCCUUGGUAACCGCCUUCAAGCGUUGAUGAGCUCUGUAGUCAUGGGAAUGAUCACUCGUCGAGCCGUCAUUCUGGACUGGGUUGCUACACCUCAAUGCAAUGCAAACUUUACAGAUUUAUUCGAGCCGCCAGAGGGCCUCCAAUGGGAUCUCAAUAGUGUCAUUCCCAACCAUAAAGAUCUUGACUCUUACAAAGCUAAGCCUGUAAUCUGGUACCCUUAUUGUCGCAAUUGUGCUCUUCGUUCACCCAUCACCCCAAAUUCACCUUGGUCCCCUUUACUCUGUGAUGCCGACCUUGGAAUCGAUCCUACAUGGCCCGUGGUCCAAAUCUUGAGCACUCAAUGGUUCUUACCUGUUUUACAACAUAACCCUCAUCAUCGUCAACAACUCUGCCACAUGUUCCCUCACCAAGGACUUCAUGGUGAUAACAAUGCUUUCGAGUUGUUGGCGAAACGUUUGUUGAAACCUUCUAAACCCGUCCAAACCAAAAUCGAUUCUGUCAUGGAUCGUAUCCCUCAAGGAGUCAAAUUGAUUGGAUUACAGGUUCGAAGAACAGAGAAUAAUGCAGUUGGUCGAGGAAUUGAGGAUUCUUUCUUGAGCUGCGCUGCAGAGGUCAUAGAAGAGGAAGAAGUCCAUAGCGAUGACGGACAACCAUCCAUGGUUCAGCGAGGCCACUCUUUCGGCCCACGUACACUUGUUGAUGAAUUUGGAUCUAAAUCUAAAUCUACAAAGACCCAAAAAUACGCGUACUAUCUGGCCACAGAUUACCGCCCUACUCGUGCAUAUUUCCAAAAGCUUUUAGGUGAUCAACUUUACGUUCUCGAGAACACCUUUCACUCAUAUAAUGGCUCGGCUUCACCAUCAUCUAUUUCAAUCACUACAGAAAACGAUGCCCCUAACGGUGACAAGGAAUCUUCUCCAGAUAAACACUGUAACAAUGACGAUCGAUCGAUACCAUCAUUAGCACUACCUCCUUCAGUCCAAGUCUCUGGAUCAGGGACAGGAUCCAGAUCUAGCUCCACUAUUCAACAAACAAAAGCCGUCGUCCGCAAUUCAGUUCAAGGUGUUCAAAAUGCAGUAGCAGAAAUGUAUCUUUUAGCUCAAGCAGAUCGGAUCAUCUCCUCACCCUAUUCCACGUUUGGUUACUUUGCACAUGCCUAUUCCAACAUCCGACCCAACAUUGUGAAGCGUGAUGGAACUUGUAUCAAGCGACGAUCCACUCAACCUUGUUUCCAAUAUUGGUUCGGAUUCGCAAAUGGAGGUGCUCACUGUAAUAUUAAGGCUACUAUCGAAAUGAGUGAAGAUUAUGAUUGUUGGCUCUAA